UUGUAGUCGACGACUUGACCGAUUGUGUCUGUUUAUCAUGUUAUUACUCAUUAAUUAAACAAAAAUAUCUUCGCCGAAUACUAAUAAGCGGUUACAAUUACUUGUAAAUACCUAAUUAAUGGAUUAUUAACAGAUUUCUAAUACAUACGAGUGACAAAGUUGUGUAAAAGAAUCUAUCUUUGUGCAGUAUUAUUUUGAGUUAAUUUCGUGUAUUUCUGCUAUUAAUUAUGUCUGUUAGUGAAAAAGUAUCACUUUCGGACGCAUUGAGUAAUGUUGAUGUGUUGGAUGAGCUUACAUUGCCAGAUGAGCAGCCCUGUAUCGAAGCAGCACCAUGCUCCAUCCUAUACCAGGCAAACUUCGACACCAACUUCGAGGACCGGAAUGGAUUCGUCACCGGUAUUGCCAAAUACAUAGAGGAGGCCACAGUUCAUGCCAAUCUGAACGAGCUGCUAGAAGAAGGUAACGCGCACGCCGUGAUGCUGUACACAUGGCGGUGCUGCAGCCGGGCGAUACCGCAGCCGCGAUCCAACGAGCAGCCCGACCGCGUGCACAUAUACGAGAGGACCGUCCAGGUCCUCGCGCCGGAGGUGGACAAGCUGCUACAGUUCAUGUAUUUUCAGCGUAAAGCGAUAGAGCGUUUCUGCGCGGAAGUACGGCGGCUGUGUCACGCGGAGAAGAGGCGCGACUUCGUCUCGGAGGCGUACCUACUGACGCUCGGCAAGUUCGUCAACAUGUUCGCGGUGCUCGACGAACUUAAGAACAUGAAGAGCUCCGUCAAGAACGACUACUCCACAUAUAGGAGAGCUGCGCAGUUUCUCAAGGUCAUGUCAGACAGCCAGAGCUUGCAGGAGUCGCAGAAUCUAUCGAUGUUCCUCGCCACGCAGAACAAAAUUAGGGACACGGUCAAGGAUGCACUGGAGAAGAUCAAUGGUUACGAGGAGUUAUUAGCCGACGUGGUGAACAUUUGCGUGCAUAUGUUCGAGACGAAAAUGUAUCUAACGCCCUCCGAGAAGCAUAUGCUUGUUAAGGUGAUGGGCUUUGGUCUAUUCCUCAUGGACUCCGAAGUGUGCAACAUCAACCGCCUGGAUCAGAAAAAGAAGAUACGUCUCGACCGGAUCGAUCGGAUUUUCAAGAACUUGGAAGUGGUGCCUCUGUUCGGCGACAUGCAAAUAGCUCCGUUCAAUUAUAUCAAGCGAUCCAAGCACUACGAUCCCAGCAAGUGGCCGCUGUCCUCCAGCCCCAACCCGCCGUCCCCUCAGGCCGACCUGAUGGUCCACCUGCCGCAGAUCAGGGAGGAGCACCAGAACUACAUAUCGGAACUGGCGCGGUACAGCAAUGAGGUGACGACAACCUUCAAGGAGGCAGGCUCCGACGCGGAGAACAAAGCCGUGACGGAGCUGUGCCUCCGCGGGCUGCAGCUGCUGUCCUCCUGGUGCUCGGUGCUGACGGAGCUGUGCUCGUGGAAGCUGCUGCACCCCACCGACCACGCCAGCAACCAGCGCUGCCCGCCCGACGCCGAGGAGUACGAACGGGCCACCAGAUACAACUACACAUCGGAGGAGAAGUUCGCCAUGAUAGAAGUGAUAGCAAUGAUCAAGGGCCUGCAAGUCCUCAUGGCUCGGAUGGAGACGGUCUUCGCGGAUGCGGCCAGGAGGUCCAUAUACGCUGAGCUCCAGGACUUCGUGCAGCUGGUACUGAGGGAACCGCUCAGGAAGGCGAUAAAGAACAAGAAGGACUUGAUAAGGAGCAUCGUGGUGUCGGUGCGCGAGACGUGCGGCGACUGGGCGCGCGGCUGCGAGCCGCAGCAGGACCCGGCGCUGCGCGGCAAGAAGGACCCCGAGGCCAGCUUCGCCAUCAAGGUGCCGCGCCGCAACGUCGGUCCAUCUUCGACCCAGCUGUACAUGGUGCGAACACAACUGGAAGCGUUAAUAUCAGAUAAGUCCGGCGGGAGGAGGACGCUGCGCAAAGAUCUGGACGCUGGCACGCUGCAGCAGAUCGAGGCGUUCCACCGCCAAAGCUUCUAUUGGACAUAUCUACUCAAUUUGUCUGAUUCCCUGCAGAAGUGCUGCGACCUCUCCCAGCUGUGGUACAGGGAGUUUUACCUGGAGAUGACCAUGGGAAGGAAGGUCAAUAAAUGCACCGUCCGCCACCAGCACAACGAGGAGUGCAACGACCUGAUCACCAUGGAGAAGCGCAUACAGUUCCCCAUAGACAUGUCGAUGCCAUGGAUCCUCACCGACCACAUACUGCGCAGCAAGGAGCCCGCCAUGAUGGAAUACGUGCUGUACCCGCUGGACCUGUACAACGACUCGGCCCAAUACGCCCUCACGGUGUUCCGCAAACAGUUCCUCUACGACGAAGUGGAGGCGGAGGUGAACCUGUGCUUCGACCAGUUCGUAUACAAACUGUCCGAGCAGGUGUACGCCCACUACAAGCAGCUGGCUUCCAGCAUGCUGCUAGACAAGCGCUACCGCGCGGAAUGUGCUGCCCGCGGUGCCAGCACUGGCGGCGGCGCGGGGCGGUACGCGUCGCUGCUGCGGCAGAGACACGUCGCGCUACUAGGCCGCCACAUCGACCUCUGCGCGCUGGUGGCGCAGCGUAUCAACGCAGACAUGCACCGCGCCCUCGACGCGGCCGUUGCGAAGUUUGAAGCUGGAGACAUUACGGGGGUUGUGGAGCUGGAGGGGCUGAUAGCGGUGAACCGUCUCUGCCACAAGCUCCUCAGCCGCUACCUGACCCUGGACGAAUUCGACGCCAUCCUCCGCGAGUCGGACCACGGCGUGCUGGCGCCGUACGGCCGGAUCACGCUGCACGUCUUCUGGGAGCUGAACUACGACUUCCUGCCCAACUACUGUUACAACGCCGCCACCGACAGGUUCGUCCGCUGCCGCGGCAUCCAGUUCGCGGCCAGCGUGGCCCGCGAGCGGGCGCAGCAGGCGGGCCACGCGCUGCUGUGGGGCACCAAGCAGCUCGCGCUCGCCUACACCACGCAGUACGCGCAGUACGCAGGGUUCGUGGGCCCGCAGCAUUUCCACGCGCUGGUGCGGCUGCUGGGCUACCAGGGCGUGGCGGUGGUGGUGGCCGAGCUGCUGGGCGUGGCGCGCGGCCUGCUGCACGGCUCGCUGGCGCAGUUCACGCGGGCGCUGUCCGCCGCCAUGCCGCGCCACUGCAAGCUGCCCAGAUACGAUUACGGCUCCAAUGGAGUGCUGGGCUACUACCACGCUCAGCUCACGGACAUAGUGCAGUACCCGGACGCGAGGACCGAACUGUUCCACUCGUUCCGGGAACUUGGCAACAUCAUACUCUUCUGCAUGCUUAUCGAACAGGCCCUCAGCCAAGAGGAAGUGACAGAUUUGCUCCACGCGGCACCAUUCCAGAACAUUCUGCCGCGUGCAUACACCGCUGAGGGUGAGAAGCCGGAAACGAAGCAGAAGCGUCUAGAAGCGAAGUACGCAGCUCUGCAAAUAGUGCAGAAUGUGGACAAGUAUGGUACGGCCAAGCAAAGCCAGCUGGCCCGCGAGGGCGACCUGCUGACCCGCGAGCGGCUGUGCUGCGGGCUGUCGCUGUUCUCGGUGGUGCUGCGGCGGCUGCGCGCGUGCCUGGUGGCGCCGCAGUGGCCCAGCCCGCCCGCGCCGCCGCACCACGCGCCGCUGCACACGGACGACACCAGCGAGUUCCACCGGCUGUGGUCAGCGCUUCAGUUCUUGUACUGUAUCCCGGUGGGCGACACGCAGUUCACCGUCGAGGAGCUGUUCGGCGAGGGCCUGAACUGGGCUGGUUGCACGCUGAUCGCGCUGCUGGGGCAGCAGCGGCGGUUCGAGGCGCUCGACUACUGCUACCACAUCCUGCGGGUGCAGCGCGUUGACGGCAAGGACGACAACGUCAAGGGCAUCCCCCUGAAGCGCAUGGUGGACCGCAUCAGGCGGUUCCAAGUGCUCAACUCGCAGAUCUUCGGCAUCCUCGCGCGCCACCUGUCGGCGGAGGACGAGCGCACCGCCGUCGAGCACGUCCGCUGCUUCCCGCCGCCGAGCGCGCCGCAACACUGAACCCUACCCGCCUGUAUUUAACGUUCAUUUUGUAAGAACAAACAAACUGGAUAAUAGUAACAUAGGAUGUAAGAGACAGGUUGUCAACGCCUGAAACAGUGAGUUCAGAAACUGAAAACCAGCGGAAAUUCUUUCCAGAAAAUUUAAAUUUUUAGCCUGUUUUUUUUAUCACCAGACGUAGACUUUGUACAAAAGUCGUUUGCUUGGCUACCUCUGUCCCAUUCGUGUUUCUACCGUGAAGCAGUUGUGUUUGCAUGGCUGUGUUUCGGUUUGAAGGGUGAGAUAUGGCGUGAAUUUACAGGGUACAGAGGAAUAACACCUGAGUCCUCGGGAAUGGCAACGCAUGGGGGGUAUCAUGGGCGAAACAGGAUACUCUGUUAUGUGCAUGGUACUGCUCAUGUCUAUAGGUGACUGUUACCACUUUCCAUCAGGUGGGCCGUCAUAAAAAUAUGGUAGAUAAAUGUAGUAAAUAAAUUUCAUAUAUUGAGUCUUAGAUGAAAAGAAACCCUGUUUUUCAAUAGUAAUAUAUUAAGACUAUGGUAUAAUUUUAUAUCACAAAUAUGAGUAUAAUAGCAGUUCUCGAGCAUGACGAUUUUGUACUAAAUUAUAGUGUCGUGUUCUAGGGUAUUACGAUAGUGUACUAAAUGUGUAGCGUUCUCGAGUAUGACGAUUUUGUAUUAAAUGGUAGUGUCGCGUUCUCGAGCAUGACGAUUUUGUAAUAAAUGGUAGUGUUGCGAUCUCGAGUAUGACGUUUUUGUAUUAAAUGGUAGUGUCGCGUUCUCGAGCAUGGCGAUUUUGUACUAAAUUAUAUGUCGUGUUCUCGGGUAUGACGAUUUUGUACUAAAUGUGUAGCGUUCUCGAGUAUGACGAUUUUUUUAUUAAAUGGUGGUGCGUUCUCGAGCAUGACUAUUUUGUAUUAACUGCUGGUGUAGUGUUCUCGAGCACGACGAUUUUGCACUAAAUGGUAGUGUCGCGUUCUCGAGCAUGACGAUUUAGCACUAAAUGGUAGUGUCGCGUUCUCGAGCAUGACCAUUUUGCACUAAAUGGUAGUGUCCCGUACUCGAGCGUGACGAUUUUGCACUAAAUGGUAGUGUCGCGUUCUCGAGCAUGACCAUUUUGCACUAAAUGGUAGCGUCCCGUACUCGAGCGUGACGAUUUUGCACUAAAUGGUAGUGUCGCGUUCUCGAGCAUGACCAUUUUGCACUAAAUGGUAGUGUCGCGUUCUCGAGCAUGACCAUUUUGCACUAAAUGGUAGUGUCGCGUUCUCGAGCAUGACCAUUUUGCACUAAAUGGUAGUGUCCCGAGUACGGGACGAUGUUAAUGAAAUUUUUUGUACCCGCCAAUAUUGUUAGGUGUAAGUAUAAAUAUGAAAUAUAUAGUAUAAUUUGUAGUCGACAUUCAUGAUAUUACAAUAUAAGAAUAACUGAGGCAUAUAAAAUCAAAGGCAAGUAAAUCCAGGUCUGUCCAAUGUUCAGGAAACUACAAAAACUAAUAUUUUGGUCAAGGAUAUGGAACGAUAUUCUAUAUUUUAAACUAGAUUGAAAAAAAAAAUAUUGGUGAAAUAAAUGAAGGUGAAAAAAAUUCAUGUUUAAAAUUAAAAGAAUAAUGGUCAAAAAAAAAAAUUUGACAGCUAUGUUUUUUUUUUCUGCAAUGGACAUUAAAAAGGUAUCCAGACACGAUCAACUUAAAGUGGACUUGGUCUUUUAUAUAAUUUUUGGGCGUUCAAUGUUAUGAUGGAAGUUUCCAUUAUUAUGCAAAGAAAGGUAAAUUAAAAGAACUUUUAAUUAAGAGAAAUAUUUGAGUAGAGAGUGAGAAUGAAACCGAUUUUAUUGCGUUCAGUUGCCUUUGAUUUUAUAGGCCUCAAAUAUUAAAAACAUUUAUUAAGGAUUUAUAGUCAAAGAAACAAAAUAUGAUGCAAAUUAUUCUGUUAGCGAUUCGAUGUUAAGUAAAUGUAUCUUGUCUUAACAGUGUUCACAGUUCAGCUUGCCGAAUUUGGCAACGUCGCUAUUGUUUGUCAGUUUUCAAUAACCAUAAGUUUAUUUGUCAUUGGGCAUCUUUUGUUUUUUUUUUUUUAAUAAAAGGUAAUUCCGUCUGUGCUUACGGUGUGUAAGUACUGGCGGGGCACCAGUGAGGGAUGAUAGGUGGGGAUGAAAAGGCAAGUCGGUUAGUCAAUCGUGAUGAAUACACCUGGAAUUCAGCACUACGGUUUCCAGGGGGGACCACAUGGAUGUCGACAUAACCGGACUGAACUACCAGUACCCAUUGCUAGCAAUGGGGACUGGUAGUUCAUAUUACUAAAAAUCUCUCCCCCAAAAUGAGGUUUUCUUUUUGAUGGGUGAAAAUGGUAUGGUAACCCCGCCUGCGCUAACGGGAUACGCUGGCGGAGCACCAGUGAAGGGUGAUAGAUGAGAAUGUAAACAGGCCAGUUAGCCCAUCAUGAUGAAUUCAUCAGGAAUUAACCAUGAUAGUUUCCAGGGGGAACCGCGAGGAGGUCGACCUGGUUGGGUAUAAUCCCCAAUGAGGUAUAUUGGUAGCAAUGGUUACUAAUCUCCCCAUUACUGACAAUCCCUCCCAGCUCUGUUAGCGUUAGCCACACUUCGCACAGCUACAUUGUGAACGCACUUUAUUUUAAGUACAUUUGUAUUCCAGUAUCGUAAUAAAAAUCUAUAUAUCACAUAAAUAUCAUUAAAACUAUAAAUCUUAUUAUUUUUAACAUAAACUUUAUUAUCUAUCUCUCUCUAACAUACCACAGAACUUUGGAUGCCAACGGAUUUAAUACAGAUAUGUAAUAACAGCUGGUGGACAAUCUGUGAAGUGUUCACGCGCUAGAUAUACGUAAUAUCCGAUAUCUAUAUAUAUUGAUGAUCAUCUAUUGCGAUAUCGCCCAUACCAGUCGUAUAUCUAUAUUUAUUACGAGCGGGUUCUUCUUUCCAAUAUUAUAUAUUGGAUAACUGUCGUCUGAUAUAUAUAUAUUUUAUUAAGACAAUAUAUGUAUAGAUAUUGUAAGUACAAUUAAUAGAUAUUGCGUACUUAUCCAACGUGAAUCUUUUUUACUUAUACAUAAGCGCUUUUUUUUUAUAGCUUAUAACCAUAAGAAUAAAUUUAGGUCUAAUAAUCUUAGUUUUUUUUUCUUAUGGUACCACUUCUAGAUUGAGCACUGGCUGAAAAUGAAUGAUUUCUCUGAUAAAAAAUCAUAGAGUAACAUUACUCUAUGGUCAUAGUACAGAGGGCCUACCAUGAAAUGUUUUCCGAAAUUUCGGAGCCAAACGAAACACAAAUUUGAUGUUAAAAUUACAUAAUACAUGCCGUUUGGAAAUAUUAAAAAUGUUGAAAUAUUGUUCCUUUUGAUUUCUAUGAUAGGAUGUAUGACGAAUGAAAUGUUAAACUACAUUUAUUGGUCCGAUUUUGGUAUAAACAAAAACACGAAAUUGAGUCCGAAAUUUCGGAAUUUCACUUCAUGGUAGACCCGCUGACUUGUUACGAAUGUCGGAUGUGAAUUUUAAUGGAUUAAUAUAAAUAAAUAUCUUUUAGUCAUGUA